UUGCUGCAGGGCUUGGGCUGCUCUUAAAAACCAGCAGCCUAAGAGCACUGGGGGCUUUUUCUUUCUUUUCUUUUCCCUCUGUCUUUGUGGAGCUUKAGGCUGGAGGUGAGAGGCUUGGUGCCUGUGGGGCCCUGGGAUGUAGGGGCAGGAGCUUCUGCUGCGUCCUCAGCCCUGCCCUCUGCCAGGCAAGGGGGCAGCGACCAGCUCAGCCCUCCUGCCCCUGGGCUCUAGAGGCUGUGGCUGAAGCCAGGAGGUGUCUCAGCUCCGUCCUCCUCCGGUGUGACGUCCCCGAUGAAGGACCAUGUCAUCGCCUAGCUCUGUGGUGGCCCUGGGGCUGGGCUCCCAGCCCAGCUGCUCUGCGCUGCCAGUGCAGAGGAGCUCCCUCCCGGAGCUGCCCUUCUUCCUGCCCCGGCGCCGCUCGCUCGCCCUCUUUGGCCACCAGGACCUCUUGGAGAGCCUCAGCGGGAGCUUCUGUGAUGUGAACAGUUCUCUGGGGCCCGACCCGUUUGACUGCAGCUGCUCCCUCCCGGACCCGCAGCUGAUCAGGAGAAUAGUGUCCCAGGUGGAGUUUUACCUCUCAGAUGAAAACCUGGCCAAAGAUGCCUUCCUCUUGAAGCAUGUCCAGAAGAACAAGAUGGGCUUUGUCAGCAUCAAGCUGCUGACAUCCUUCAAGAAGGUGAAAUACCUUACGCGGGACUGGCGGCUUACGCUCUACGCCCUGCAGUUCUCAGAGCUGCUGGAGGUGAAUGAGGAAGGGACCAAGGUGAGACGAAGGAUCCCAAUCCCCGAAUCGCUGCUGAGCAUCCCACCGAGCAAGCUGCUCUUGGCCUGGGAUCUCCUGCCACAGGAGCAGAGCGUGUUGCCGCCGCUCCAGAAGAACUUCAUCGAGACCAUCACGAGGAUGUUCAGCCCGUUUGGUGCCAUCGCUUCCAUCCGCAUCCUGCGGCCCGGGAGGAAGCCGCCCUCGGAUGUGAGGAAGUACACAGCCCGCUACCCCGAGCUGCUGACCAAGUGCUGUGCCCUGGUGGAGUACGAAAACCUGGAGAGCGCCAGGAAAGCCUUUGAAGACCUGAACCAUCAGACGCAGGGCCCCGUGGGGAGGGAGAGCAUCAAGGUGGUCCAUCUCUCUGGGAAGGGCUCCAAGAAGAAAAGCAGGGCUGAGAGGGAGGCGAUGGAGAACGAGGAGCUCGCGGACAAGCUGGGCUGGAAGGCGCAGGCGGGCGCGCUCCCYGAGGAGUUUCCCUACGGCCUCGGCGAGUCCCUGCUCCGCCGUUCUCUGGAGGCGGGUGGUGCGCCCGUGUCCCCGCCGCUGCCCGUGCACAAGUUCUCCUCCUCUCCCACCUGGUCCACCAGCUCCAGCUUCAAACCCUGCUCCUACUCGAGCCCGUACUCCGGCUCCCUCCUGGCCAGCAAAAUCUUCCCUCCCCUGGCCACAGAGCUGGGGAACGGAGGCUCCUAUGGCCUCAGCUCCAGCCUGGAAACGCAGAGGUUUGGCGACCUCGGCUGGGAGAGCAGCGCAGUGCUGGGCAGCACGUGGGCACCGUGGCAGUGCGGCCCAGCCUCCAGCCCUCCUCCGGAGCCCCGGCCUCCACCCUGCCCCUCUCCCGUGGGCAGGAAGGUGCCCGAUUCCCUGAGCCUCCGUGCUGGGGUGAUCCGCCUGCCGCAUGGGCCUGAUGGCACCAAGGGCUUCUACAACGGCAUCGGGAGAGGGAGACUUGUCCUCGGGCACUAGGGAUUGUUUAGGUAGAGGUUUUUGAGGGGGAUUUUUUGUUUUGUUUUCUUU